UUUGUUGGUUGGAUAUUCGUUAGAAUACUUGUAGAUUUAGGUGUUUCUGUUGUAUUAUAUAGGUUGGUGGUAUGUGUUUCAUCGUUGUUGGCAGCACUGAAUUUUCUUACGUCAACCAAUGAGGCAACGGAAGAAAUUAGGAGCAUUUACCUUCAGCUGCAAAUUGUUCCCUUAUGUGACAUGGCGUCUGAGAGGAAAGUUAGUAUUAGUUGUUGAAGGGGACACUGAAACGGCGAUUGCUAUAGAAGCAACAAAAAAACCACACGCAUAUAUGACAUUAGGUGAAGGAACGGCUUGUCAUAAAAGCCAAAAACGUUCACUAGAGUCUUGCAUUGAUGGUAAUGCAUGCAAGGAAAACGCAGCGGAUGAGCGAUGGGUACUUCGAGAAACACCAGGCCCAUCCCUAUCAGAACACGAAAUAUAGUUCGUCCAAGAGCUAUGGUCAAAACGCAGAAAGGUACGAGCGGAUUCGUGACUCGCCGAAUGGGAAUUACCGUUCGGACAGUCCGGAUUCGCAAUCUCCAAGGGACAGGGAUAGAACUAACCAACCGAAGAGCUACUAUCUGCAAAAAUUACACAAGGAGAGAGAGAAUAGAGACUACAAGCGAGACAAAUAUGCUGGCAAAUAUUUUUCAGAUUGUGCCAGAUCACCAAAGGACAAGCGGAGCAGCCGUGAUUCUGAACACAGAACCAAUCAUGACCGGAGUGAUGACAAAAGCAUACUGCACCCAAUAAAAGUAUCACAGAAUCUGUCUUCUAGAGAUCGCAAACCAAUGCAUAACAAUUGUGUUGAUAAGAGGGAUGACAGAGAGAGGGUGUCUAGGUUUGGAGACUGGUCAGAACAUAUUAGUUCUUCUGGAAAAAAGUAUUACUACAACUGCAAAACUGAAGUGUCACAAUGGGAGAAGCCAAGGGAAUGGACAGAGAGAUGUAGAACUAGAGACAGGGAUAGGGAUUCUGAUAGGAACUAUGGUGGUGGCGGAAGUAGCGGUGGAUCUAGCCGAUCUGGUACGCGGCACGAUAAACAUUCCAGUGGAAGAAGUGGAGGGAGUAAGGAUAAUUUACGCGAGAGUGCAACGGGUAGCAGUCAGCACUGGAGUAGUCGCGAUGAUGAUCAUAGUCUCGGUAAGGAGUCUUCUACGAGGAAUUCGUCAUCACGUAACAAAAAUAGUUCGUCGACAAUCUCUGCGUCCGCUGCAGCAUCUGCUGGCGAAGACAGUGCGCUGUCUGCCGCCCAGGAUAUGGACAUAUCUCCAGGUGAUAGCACCCCCACAUCAGAAGUCUCCUAUCCUUCUGCAGGAAACCAGGAGAACUCGCACGGCCCGGUUCUGUUGGCAAAUGCAUUGCCACGUUUGAUAUCGCACCCUCAGACGCCGACGGCAAUCUCUUCACGGCAAACAACGGAUUCGUCUCCGGCCCUCCAGAGCACACCCUCCCAUGUAACCCCAGCGGCCAGUGUGACAACAUGCAACGCACCCGGACCACCCAUGAACACAAACUCCUCCGCGUCCGCAAUAGCUUCAUCGGCAAUAGCUUCAAUUGCUUCUGAUUCUAGUGAUGCCAAAGGCAUACAGACAUUCGUUAGGCAAAUUGGUGAUAAUUCUAUGCAACAGCAGUCGCUGGCGUCGCUGCUCACAGUCGAUACCAAUCAUGCGUCCAUCGCUGGGGGCACCAUGAUGAUACCUGAUGGACCGCCGACUCCUACGCAUUCAGAAACACCUGACUGUGCUAAAGGCAGCCCAGCCGGUACCCUCACAGGUCCUACCAGCAGUGGUUUAUCAACAUUGCAAGGUGUUGCUAGUUCAUUGCAAGCUCUAAGACCACAAGGACCGACGAUCACACCUUCCUUGGCAAAUCACGUUAGAGACGAUUUAGUUAAUCACGUGCGAGGAUGGCCUGCGGAUAUACUUGAAAAACAGGCCCAAAAACAUUCGGAAGAAGCACACAUCAUGGGCAGUAUACAAUGUUCAAAGGUGUCUGCAGAACUGAAAACGGCAAGGUCAAUAGUUCGUCUUACAGAUAUCCAAGCUACGCUGCAGGAGCAGAGGAUACUAUUUCUUCGUCAACAAAUAAAAACGUUAGAAGAAAUGAAGUCUCAAAAUUCAUUCAUGUCUGAUGACUCUUAGUGGUUGAUUGUGUCUCAGAGCUAUAUAUAAUAUAGUGUUAACUAUAAAACAAAGAUUAAUGGAAGGGAAUAUAUAUAUAAAUAUAUAUUUAAAAAAUUAUUUAAGU